GAUGUGAUUGGUCAAGAGCUCUAAAUUUGCGCGCUCUGUCAUUAACUGCCGCUUCUGGUCCCGCCUACUCUCAAGUACUUCAUGGAUUUGCGGCGCUAUAUUUUUAGCUUGUUAGCAUGCUAGCAUCAGCGUCGUGGAUAUAAAUUCACAGCAUUGCUUGCUCUUUUAUUGUAUAGCGUUUGAAUGGUACAGAACCAUGUACUUUAGCCACAUAUUAUAAAUGCGAAGCACGCGAGUGUAGUAGCUUUGCGCUGUUUUUAACGCACAGGUCUUGCUUGUUCGGGAUGUUUUUACCCUUAACAUGGAGACAAAAAGAGGGGAGAUUCCUAACGGGGUGCUGGAUGACCUUUGCAGUCGCUUCAUUCUUCACAUCCCCAGCGAGGAGAGGGACAAUGCCAUCAGAGUUUGCUUCCAGAUUGAGCUUGCCCAUUGGUUUUACCUGGACUUCUGCAUGCAAAAUUCACCAGGACUGCCUCAGUGUGGGAUAAGGGACUUUGCCAAGGCUGAUAUCCUUAAGAGAUCGCUUUUUCCUAAAGGGAAAGUCAAUGAAGAUGAGGCUUUCCAUGACUGCGCUGUGAGAGAAGUUUUGGAGGAGACAGGCUUUGAUAUCCGAGAUCGUAUCUGCCAAAAAACAUACAUUGAGCAGAGGAUUUCAGAUCAGUUGGUUCGAUUGUACAUUAUACCAGGAGUUCCUAAAGACACCAAGUUCAACCCCAAGACCAGAAAAGAGAUAAGGAACAUUGAAUGGUUCUCAGUGGAUAAACUGCCUUGCCACAGGAACGAUAUGACCCCGAAAUCCAAGCUUGGACUGGCUCCUAACAAGUUUUUUAUGGCUAUUCCAUUUAUGAGGCAGCUCAGAGAGUGGAUUGCCAAACACAAAGGAGAGUCAACGAGCAGCGAUGAGGAUUUUGCGUCCAAUGGCAGCACACCAGGCAAACCAUUCCGCUCUAAGCCCAGAAGGUCUCAGAUGUUGGUGGAAGCGUCUCCUGAAAGCUGGUCCAAGCAAAAACAACAGAAACCCUUCGGACAAACCUCCCAGAGCGAGUUAGUAGACGUGCUUAAACCCAAGAAUCAUGUGAAAGGCAACAGCAAGAAACACCAGGAGUCUCCAAACCUGAAAAAAAGAGCUAAUGGUGUCAGUCAGCAGCAGAAAGAUGACAAGAAACUUCAGCCCAGAAGACUGCAGGAUAACUUCGACACAGAUGCAUCUGGUGACGUCUAUGGCUGUAACGGACUGGCAGACUUGUGUUAUGAGGAAUACAUCCACUCCUCGCGGUCUUUCCUCCGCUUCAAAUUUGACAGAGAGGCCAUCAUGAAAUCCUGCUUCGAGUCCUGAAGUUCUGCUGUACUGCCUCUGGUUUUUAAAAGAUUUGAAGCAGCAAAUUUCCUUAAGAUCUACAAUUGGAUCUUCUGCGCUGUAAACCUGUUAGUCGAGAUGCAUUGUGUGUUGGACCAAGAUUACAGAUAAAUCCAAAAAAUUCAUUUUUU